GCGGAAGUGGAAGAGUCGACUGGGAUUCAGGCUGCUGUGUUGAAGGCAAACAGAGGAACUGGGUCCGGGCGCCGCAGUGGCCGCCCAGUACUCUAACUCCCUUCAGCAUUCUCGCGAUUUAUAACGUGUAGAAAGCUACGAUUUCGGUGUACUCGUCGAUCGAGAAACUAUUGAAACUGGUCGGCGCGAAUCCUAACAUCAGCGCGCGCUUUAGCUAAUGUUGUUGGUUAGCAACUGGUGAAUGUAAUAUGAAUUUCAGGCAACGCAGUCUGAGCUGCAAUGCCAAUCAAGGCAUCGGUGUGACGCUUUCGCUCGGUGAUUACUAGCCAAACUGAACUGAAUCCUAAUUACCUGGCUGUCAGGAAUCAAUCCUCGAGGGAAGCAAACAUUCUCCCAUGUAGAAUGAGAACAUUGUCUAGCUUUACGGAUCUUUUUCUCCGAAUAUCGCGGACGUGAGCAUCAGCUAAUCGGUUAAGACCAGGCGGCAUCACCAGCUAGCCUGUUAGCUACCUACUUAGCGGGCUGACUUACCCUAAAACUUUUUUUCUACAGGUUUGUUCUUCGCGACUGACUACUCCUUGAUCUGAAAUUCAGAUUAUCCACGUCCACAUGAUCCACCAUCUACAACAGCUUCAUAUUCCUGUAUUUCAUCGGAACAGGGAUCUACUGGAUUUUCUGGCCUAAUCUGAAACCGAGUUUCAGUCUUUAAAGUUAGAUUUUUAAAAAAUUGAACUUAUUAAGCUCUUUCAUUUGAUUUAGUUAUCUAUCAGUUAGAUACCCGAAUUAGAGUACUGACUCCAUUUGUAUUUCACGGUACUCCUGAGAGAAAGAAAACAACAUUAGCAGGCUUGCUAACUAGGUUGAACGCUUGGUUAGCCUGCUGCAGUUGUUUGUUACGGUGUACUGGCUAGCUAACUAGUUAGCAAACGGCGCAGAGAAGAAAGGAGUCUGAUUUAUUCAUCCUGAUUUCAAAGGGGGGGAAAGGAACUUCACGAACAGGGCAAACCAACUAACUAUGACUUGACUAGUCUCCGGAUCUCCAGCCUUGCUGUGCAAGCUCGCUAGCGGACUGAAAGUUAGCUAAUCUGGCAGUGGACUUCGGACAGAAAACAACACCGAUGUCACUUUCGAUUGAGUUUUUAAGAGCCCUGAACUCGUAAACAACUCGAAGAUUGAAAUGACAACGCGGACUCCAAUGCUAUCAGUCAUCGAGCAUUCAUCUAACCAGACUCACUCCGACUCUAAGGCCGGCGUUCGCUCCAACAUGCCCCGCGGCCGCAACUCGCUGGCCACUGCAGCCGACGAGCAGCCGCACAUUGGUAAAUACCGGCUGCUGAAGACCAUCGGAAAGGGAAAUUUCGCAAAGGUCAAACUGGCUCGGCAUGUUCUCACUGGCAAAGAGGUGGCUGUAAAAAUCAUAGACAAGACUCAGCUCAACUCCUCCAGUCUCCAAAAGCUCUUUCGGGAAGUGAGGAUCAUGAAGCUGUUGAAUCACCCAAAUAUUGUGAAAUUGUUUGAGGUGAUAGAAACCGAGAAGACACUUUACCUGGUUAUGGAGUACGCCAGUGGAGGAGAGGUGUUUGAUUACCUCGUUGCCCAUGGCAGAAUGAAAGAGAAAGAAGCCAGAGCCAAAUUCAGACAGAUUGUGUCAGCAGUGCAGUACUGUCACCAGAAGUGCAUCGUUCAUAGAGACCUUAAGGCUGAAAACCUGCUUCUGGAUGCUGACAUGAACAUAAAGAUAGCUGAUUUUGGCUUCAGUAACGAGUUCACUCUGGGCAACAAGCUGGACACGUUUUGUGGCAGCCCUCCGUACGCAGCUCCAGAACUGUUCCAGGGAAAGAAGUACGAUGGGCCUGAAGUGGACGUGUGGAGCUUGGGAGUCAUCCUGUACACGCUGGUUAGCGGCUCGCUGCCUUUCGAUGGCCAGAACCUGAAGGAGCUGCGCGAACGCGUGUUAAGAGGGAAGUACCGAAUCCCAUUCUACAUGUCCACAGACUGUGAGAAUUUGCUGAAGAAAUUUCUUAUUCUCAACCCCACCAAGCGAGGAAGCCUUGAGCAGCAGAUCAUGACUGACCGCUGGAUGAAUGUGGGCCAUGAGGAGGAGGAAUUGAUGCCUUACAUUGAGCCGCAGCCCGACUACAAGGACCCCAAGAGGACAGGUCAGCACCCCGGCAAUGCAGGGGGUUGGAAGAGAGAUAUCAUGCUACAAAUGGGAUACGCACAGGAUGAGAUACAAGACUCCCUUGUCAACCAGAAGUAUGAUGAAAUCAUGGCUACUUACCUAUUACUGGACUAUAGGAAUUCAGAGCUGGAUGAGCUCUCCAUAAAGCCCCGCCCAAGCAUUGACCUCACAAACAAUGCACAAUCACCUUCUCACAAGGUACAACGCAGUACCUCCAACCAGAAGCCGCGCCGAUCCACAGACCAAAGUUUGUCUGUGUCGGUUAAGCGCUCUCAGGGCGACAGUAAGCACAUCGCUGAAGACUACGGGAGGAAAAGCUCAGGCAGCUCCGCUAAAGUUCCUGCAAGCCCGCUGACUACAGCCGAUCGAAAGAAAACCCCGACCCCGUCCACCAACAGCAUACUUUCAACUGGUACGAGUCGUGGGAGAAGCUCUCCAGGUCCUGAGAGAUCUACCCUCGGUGUACAGAAUGGCAAGGACAGCUUGAGCACACCAGGGUCCCGCGCCUCUACCGCCUCGGCAGCUGCUGUUCUAACUUCCGCUUCUUCCUCCCGCCCCCGCCACCACAAGUCCCUGUCCACCUCGGCCCACCCCAACUCCCCAGACCUCCAUGCACAUCUUCCCAGCACCGUUCCACAAAGAGUUCCAGUGGUGUCUCCUUCAACCAACAACAUAAGCAACUCCACGGUAGCAGACCGCACCAACUUCCCCAGAGGGGUGACGAGCAGAAGCACUUUCCACGCAGGCCAACAGAGAGCCUCACGCGACCAGCAUGCCUCAACCUACAACGGGCCCCCAGCCUCCCCUUCGCUCUCUCACGGGAACAGCCAGGUCCGUCGCACUGGUACUGGCAUCUUCAGCAAAUUCACCUCCAAAUUUGUGCGCAGAAAUCUCUCAUUCAGAUUCCCCAGAAGGAGUCCGUAUGAGGGAGAGGGUCGAGAUGAGGCCAGCAGACCCAUGUUGAGCACUGCAGAAAAGCUGGAGAAAGGCACCCAGGGAUCAGCGGGGGAUGAGAACAGGGACUCGGUGUCAUCCUCCUCUCCUGUGUCCAGCACACCCUCGUCCACCCAGUCCUCCAAGGACAUCAAACCGCGUUCGCUGCGCUUCACGUGGAGCAUGAAGACCACUUCGUCCAUGGAGCCCAACGAGAUGAUGAAGGAGAUCCGGAAAGUUCUGGACUCCAACAGCUGCGAUUAUGAGCUGCGCGAGCGCUUCAUGCUGCUCUGCAACUCAGGGAAUCCUUCACGUGAUGACUUCGUUCAGUGGGAGAUGGAGGUGUGCAAGCUGCCCCGCCUCUCCCUCAACGGUGUGCGCUUCAAACGAAUCUCGGGCAGCUCCAUCGCCUUCAAGAACAUCGCCUCCAAGAUUGCCAACGAGCUUAAGCUGUGAGCAUAGAAACAUGAUUUGGGGAUGAAGCUAAUACCGAAUUGUGGCAGAUGUGAGAGCUGUAGCCCAUAUGUGCAUUAGGAGAAGAUGGACAAAGUGGUGCCAUCAGAAGCAUGGACACUGAAGAGUUUAAAGACUGUAAAUGAUGCAGGAUGGUUAGCACAGCUUGGUGGGGAGGCUGGUCUCUGUGUGUGUGUGUGUGUGUGUGUGUGUGUGUGUGUGUGUGUGUGUGUGUGUGUGUGUGUGUGUGUGUAGAUGUUUUGAGGGCCACCUUGAAUUUAUUUUUAUUUUUUAUUAUUUUUAGUGGGAGGUGCUUCCUUGGUUUGGGUUUUCUGUCCCUACAUCACCCCCCUCCCCGCCCCACCUGUAUUUUGUUGUCAUCUUUUAUUUGUGGCGAUUUUGUUUUGUUUCCAGUUUUGUGAUUUCUCCUUGCUCCUCAAGUCUUUUUCUGUUUAAACAGUAUAGUGAUGGAGGAAGGACAUUUAUGUAAUUAUUGAACUGAACAGUGUUUGCUGGCGAUUCUUAUACUACAAACUCAAACCAGCAACUGUCUCAAUACGCUGUAAUCCCCCCUCCUUUACUUGAUUUAUUUUUUUUUCUUUCUUCCAGUUCCAAAUUACUGUUUUUGAACAGAGGUAGAUUGGUGGUUUUGACACUGAAUGUACAGCACGCUUAGUGAUGGGUAACUGAGACUGAAGUACUACGCACAUUUUAGUAGAGCCAUAGUGAAAUUUGAAUAUUUAUUCAUCUUACUGUGGUUCACAUUCUCAGCCUCCACACUCCCGUGUACAUCACAGUAACGUGUCUUAUCUGAUCUGAAAUGGAAGCGCAGACUUGAACCCUCGGUGCUCUGGAGGUGGAUCACCUCUCUGCACUCUAAGUCCAGACAAUUAUGUUUUUUCUUUUCACUUCCUGCUGCACGGGUCAUAUGUCAAAAUCUAAUUAAGGGCCAAUUAAGUAAUUAUUGGUGGAUUGUAGUGUAAUUAAGAGUUGCUGGUUGGUUUCAAUGUGCUGCACUGGAAUGAGUCUGUGUUUUUGUUGCCUUUUUUUUCUGGAGAAGAUUAUAUUAUAAGAAUAAAACAGUUGGAUGAU